ACUGCCGUGUAAACCUGAAAGUUCCCUCCGGGGAGGAUGUGAUGCUCUUCCAGCGCCAGCGUUUUCCUGCUGUCAUGAGCUUGGGACUGGAGAAACAGGAGAGCAGGAAGCGAGGGAGCCCAACCAAGGCCCGCUACCUCAAGAAAACAAGACUUUCUAGUAUUUUUGUCCGGAUACCUCUUGGGUAAUGUGCUUUUAGCCAGCAGAGAGCAGUAAGAGGACAGGGGCACAGUUCUGCCUUGUAACAGCGGUUUGAAAAGUCUAGGGGACACUCAACGUUGGCUGCGCGUUAGAAUCCUCGGGGGAGGUUUUUACGAAUCCCGGCGCCGGGCACCCAACCCCGGACAACGAAAUCAGAUUCUCUGGGAGUGAAGCCCCCAGCGCGGGUAUUUUUAAAGAGCUAAGUGCACCGGGUGUUCUCUAACCCUUUUCCACUUGUUGGAGUGCUGGAUGACAUCUAGUGGGCGCCUUCUCAUGAAAAAGCUCUUGAACCGAACCCCCUCUUUCUUCUGCUCUCAAGGGCUGUCGGGGUUCCGUUUUCAUGGGCCGGGGUGAAUGUGUGUCUGGCCCGGGAGGGAGGGCAUCAAGCUAAAGGGUCUUUGGGACAUCAACGGGUUCCUAGCGUUUGGGGGCGAGCUCAUCCUCUGUGCAGGAGGCCGUGCCCCGCGCCAGGCCCGGGGAGACUCAAAGUCUGCUCCUCAGGAACGCGAGACAGGAAGGGUGGGCCAAAGCGGGGAGAGGAAGGCCGAGGGAGGAGCCGAGGAGACGUCGCGGCUGGCGGGCGGUCCCCGACGAGGCCCGGACUUCCGCGUCCCGGCGUCGGGUGGCGCGGCCUGGCCACUAUGGCGGGUGUGGACCCCGGCCUGGCCGUCCCCGUGUGGCUGGCCGAGGACGACCUGGGCUGCAUCAUCUGUCAAGGGCUGCUUACCAAGCCCGCCACGCUGCCCUGCGGCCACAGCUUCUGCCGCGACUGCCUGAAGGGCUUGUGGGCCGCGGGCAGCGCCAGUCCCCCGCGCUCCUGCCCUAUCUGCCGGGAGAGCACCCCGGCACCGCUGCACCUGCGGAAGAACACGCUGCUGCAGGAGCUGGUGGACAAGUACAGCCGAGCGCUGCGCGAGCUGGGGGCGGGCCCUGACCCCGGCCCCGCCCUCGGCCCCGCCCAGGGACGCGCCCUUGGCCUCGCGCCUGCGCCUGCGCCCCCGCGUGGCACCGCCCAGCCGCCGGCUGCGGCACAGAAGAGAAUUAUAGAAGUUGUGCGUGAGCUGGCAGAGUUGGCAGAAGAGCUCGUAGACAUUGUCAAGAGUCUUCAGAGUCAAAGGGACGUCCCUGAAUCCGGACCAGACAAUGACAGGAGCACCCUGAGCAUGAGCAUGUCUUCUUCUGGUGAGAUGGACCUUUCCUUGGCUUCUUCAAAACCAAUGACUUCCAAUACACCUGAGAGAAAAACAAGAGACAUUCUGCAUGACUUAGAAGAAAUCCAGAAAAAAUUACGGGAAAACCUCACAUGGAAAGAGCCCCUUGAAGAACAGAUGCAGGUGGAACUCCAGGAAGCUUCCCAUUCUGCUUCAUGCCCGCUGCCUGGCCAGAGCCACCCAGCUCCUGAGAGGGCCUCCAGGUUUGCUCAGUGGGCCAUCAGUCUGACCUUUGACCUCCGCAGCCACUCCUGCAGCUUAAAGGUGUCCAAGGAUGGCCUGGCGGUGACUGUGUCUCACUGCCCACAGACCCAUCUCUGGAGUCAUGAGAGGUUUGUGACCUGCCAGGCCUUAUGCUCCCAGGCCUUUUCUUCGGGGCGACAGUACUGGGAAGUGGACACUCAGCGUUGCAGCCACUGGGCAGUUGGGGUGGCUUCCUGGGGGAUGAAGCGUACCCAGAUCCUGGGAAGGACCAGCGACUCGUGCUGUAUAGAGUGGAAGGGGACGGGCCAGCUCUCUGCAUGGCACAUGGUCGAGGAGACUGUCCUCGGCUCAGACAGACCUAUGGUGGUGGGCAUCUGGCUGGACCUGGAGGAGGGGAAACUUGCCUUCUAUUCAGUGGCUAAUCAGGAGAAGCUAAUAUAUGAGUGCCCGGUCCCAGCCUCCUCUCCUCUGCACCCCGCCUUUUGGCUUUAUGGCUUAAAUCCUGGAAACUCUCUGACUAUAAGGCCAGUAAAUGUGUAAAGUUUCCCUGGAUGUCAGAACCUGGUGGUCCUGGCCUUUCAAACCAGGCCCUUGACAACAGUCCCACUUCUGGAAUUAAUGGGUGUGCAGCAAAGGGCUAAUUGCAGGCCUGGGAUGGGCAGACUGCACAUUCCUGGGAGAGCAUGGGCCCUUGACUGGCUCCUGGGAGGCAACCCCUAAGCCCUUGGGGUAUCCUGGCUGAUACAAGUGUUUUUGUUUACCCGUGGCCUUGGGCCAGGAGGUAUCAGCUUGACCUCUGGAGGGGCUGGAGACUAAGGCCUGCCCCUGUGACUGACCCCCAGGAAAAGCCUCGGGCACCAAGGCUGGGGGGAUCUUCCCUGGUUGGGAGUCCCCUUGUACAUUGUCACACAUUGUCACUAGAAGAAUUCACAUUGUCCUUGUGACUCCACCGGGAAGGAGAGUAGGUGUCUCUUGGCCGGUGUCCCAUGUGCCCUUUUUCUCCCGCUGAUUUUAAUCUGUAUCCUUUUACUGUAAUAAACUGUAGCCAAAACUACAA